CCCCUCUUCACGCUCGACGACCGCUUCGCCGCCGCCGACUUCUCGCCCGACCCCACCGCCUCCGACCUGCUCCCCGUCGCCUCCUCCCCCUCCCCCCGCGCCGGGGCGGGCGCCGGCAGCCGCUCGCCCUCAUGGGACCGCUCCCGCGGCAAGGCCUCCGCCCCCGGAUCCCCCAUGGACGGGGUCGUCGAGCCACCGCCCCGCAAGGAGCUGCUCGCGCUGCCCCCGCCGUCCAGCCCCUGCACUCCUCCUCCCCCGACGGCGACGGUCGUGACCCCGGCGACGGAGGCUGCCAGGACGGAGCCGGCGGCUCCGGCCAGCGAACGGAAGGCAGAUGGCGAGGAGUGGGUCACUCUAUUCGGGAAAGCCCUCCAAAAGAAUGGUAUCCAACUAUGCAGUGGCGUCAUAAUUGGAGUAAAGCAUAUUGAUCCAGUGCACCGACAGCAGCUGGAUGAUAGGCUCGCUGGAAUCAAUCAAGGAGGCUUCAUGGUCUCCCUGCCUUCGAAAUCACUUGUCCUGAAG